CCUGUUAAAUUUCACGGUGUCGAAAUCGUGAAAUCGUGCAAGAAGUUAGGCCUAGCGUACGUGAAUGUGCUGACGGCUCCCUUGCAAAACUACCGAAGGCGUAGAUGAGCGCACGCAGGUGGUCCAGUGGGACAAUCUUACUGUUAAAUUUUAAGUAAAUGAAAGAAUAGGUAUGGCUGACCAAGCCGUAGAAGAUUCAGUCAUCAUGAAAGAAGAUUGUGAAGAAGAUGAACAUCCACUUGCUAAUGGUGUCAUCGAGAACGAUGAAGAUACUCAAGUGAAGAAGAAAAAAAAGAAAAAGAAAAAGAAGAAGGCAACAACAGAUAAGCCAGGCAUCCAAGAAGAAGGAGAUGGGACAGAUGAUGUAACAGAGAAAUUAGAGAAACAAACUCUGGAUGAUGAGAAGCAAGAUGGUCAAAAUGUGGAGAAAGAAGGAGGAGACACUGAUGCUGCAAAGAAGAAGAAGAAAAAGAAAAAGAAGAAACCAAAUACUGGAGGAAAACAGCAGACGGAUCCUCCAACUAUACCCGUUUCCGAACUCUUCCCAGAUGGAAAUUUUCCAAAAGGAGAAGAAGUUGAACAUCCAGCAGUUGAUGGGAAAACUGCUGCUUGGCGGACGACAAACGAAGAAAAAAGAGCCUUAGAACGAAUGCAGGAGGACGUGUACAGUGAUGUGAGGCAGGCUGCUGAAGCCCACCGACAGGUUAGGAACUACGUCCAAGGAUUCAUUAAACCCGGCCUGAAGAUGAUUGAUAUAUGUGAGCGUCUAGAAGCAGCUUCUAGGAAAGUAAUAAACGAGAAUGGGAUGAAGGCUGGUCUCGCCUUCCCAACUGGCUGUUCCAUCAAUCACUGCGCCGCCCACUACACACCGAAUAACGGAGAUACAACCGUGUUGCAGUAUGAUGAUGUGUGCAAGAUUGAUUUUGGCACUCAUAUAAAUGGUCGGAUUAUAGACUGUGCUUUCACAGUGGCAUUUAAUCCCAAAUACGAUAAGUUGUUAGAAGCUGUCAAAGACGCAACAAACACUGGAAUACGGGAAGCUGGUAUUGAUGUUCGUUUAUGUGACAUCGGGGAGAGAAUUCAGGAAGUUAUGGAAUCGUACGAAGUGGAAUUGAAUGGCAAAACGUACAAAGUAAAACCCAUCAGGAAUUUGAACGGUCAUUCUAUAGGACCGUAUAGAAUUCAUGCGGGCAAGACGGUGCCAAUUGUGAAAGGUGGUGAAGAAACAAGAAUGGAAGAAAAUGAAUUCUUCGCCAUAGAGACAUUCGGUAGUACUGGGAAGGGGAUCGUCCAUGAUGAUAUGGAGACGUCACAUUACAUGAAGAACUUUGAAGUUGGCCAUGUUCCACUCAGGUUGGCUCGAUCUAAAGCACUGCUGAAUACCAUUAAUAAGAACUUUGGAACGUUAGCAUUCUGCCGUCGAUGGUUGGAUCGGCUUGGUGAGACCAAGUACCUGAUGGCUCUAAAAAACCUUGGAGAUGCUGGUAUAGUUGACCCAUAUCCACCGCUAUGUGACAUCCGUGGCUGCUACACAGCUCAGUAUGAGCACACCAUCAUGUUAAGACCGACAUGUAAAGAGAUAGUCAGCAGAGGCACUGACUAUUAAAGAGGAAACGCACAAACCGGGUAUGCGAGGCGAGGUACUAACAAUGCACAGCUGAAAUAAUCGCGUUAUUAAUCAGUUAAAUGAUUUUUUUUCCCCCAGUGACCAUAUUCCCCACCAUGAUUGUGGUGUCACUGGCUGUGGUCACACAUACAAGCAUGUUGCUGAUUGGUAAUCACAGCCUGUGGAAAUCUGUCUUUUUUUAAUCAUACAAUUUUUAACCAAUAACAGCACUUUAAAUAAUGGAACAAUAACUUUCUUAUAUUCAUAUUAAAUGUGUAUGAAUUAUUUUUACACUUUUAAAAUGGACAGUUUUUUCAAAAGUUCUAGCUCACAGCCAAGGUGUUAAAUACUGUGAGUAGUUGAAUUUAUUGAAAAUUUGAUCACAAAAACAUGUUUGUUGCAUCACUGUUGCUCAUGAGUUUCUUGUGAGUUGUGGUCACCAAUGUUCAUGAGUUGUGAUCACCAAUGUUCAUGAGUUGUGAUCACCAAUGCUUUUGAGUUGUUAUCACCAAUGCUCUUGAGUUGUGACCACCAAUGCUCUUGAGUUGUGAUCACCAAUGCUCUUAAGUUGGGAUCACUAAUGCUCAUGAGUUGUGAUCACCAAUGCUUAUGAGUUGCGAUCAUCAAUGCUCAUGAGUUGUGAUUACCAAUACUCAUGGGUUGUGAUCGCUAAUGCUCAUGAUUUGUGCUCACCAAUGCUUGUGAAUUGUGAUCACCAAUGCUCAGAAUCUGUGAUCACCAAUGCACAUGAGUUGUAUUUAACUUUGAUCAUGAGUUGUGAUAACUGUUGCUUGUGAGUUGUUAUUGUGAUCACAAAUAAAUCGUUGGUACACUGGAAUUCAUAGAAAAUAGUCACAAAAAAUAUACUAGUUUUAACCAGAGACAUUACCUGUGGUUUUUUUUAAUCAAGUUCUUUUGUAAAGAAUUUUUUUUUAUAUAGUUUUUCUUGAUUUUGAAAAUUUUGAUUUAUAUGAUAAUUAAAGGAAUUGAUAUCUUGGUUAUUUGCGUGUGAUGUGUUUCAAUAGAUGAACAGAAAGACAUUGUUUUAAUUCCUGAAAUUUGCAUGGUAGUUAUUGAGGAGGAAAAAAAAGCAAUGUAGGCCUAGAAAGGAAGUUAGCUGUUGUUGACUAGAUGUUCUGGGGGGAGAUAUUAUAAUUGGGUGUGGAGCCGAGGUUUCAAAUACCCUAGGAAUAGGACAUACAAUUAACAUGAUUAUGUAGCGGUUAAUCAUUAACAAACUAAAACUUAGGCCUAGUCAUGAAGGCUUCCUAUUGGAGACUACAGUAGAUCUAAUAGCGCUUGUAAGGAAAUGUUUUUUCCAAGGUAUCAUUUUAGACUGAUUAAUGUCUCCGAACAAGAUGAUAUUGAGGAACUUUGAUCAAAUACAAAUAAAGUUUCUUUGUCUUACUUUGUUUUAUGUCUAAUACAUGAUCAGAACCAAGGUUAUUUUAGAUACAGGGCUGGUGCAAGUUCAUAGGCCACAAGGUUCCAGUACUACUAUUCGUUAUCUUGUUGGUAUUUGUUCUAUCCAUCAUAUAGUAUCAAAACUCUCCUUGCCAUAUAAGAUAUUAUUAAUUAAUAAAAUUAAUGUUUUUAAUAUUUAUCUUUUUCAAGAUUGUCGUACAAUAUUGAUAUUUAAAAUUUUAUAAUAUUAUAUUAUUUGAUUUUAAACUUAUUCAAUGUUAUAACAUGUGUUUGACUCUAGGAUUUUUCGAACUGUAGGCCUAGUCUAUUGACUAAAAUAUAUUAAACAAAUUGUGGUACGGGUUACAUAAAAAUAUGUUAUAUAAUAAUUGUUGUUUAAGUAGCAUUAGCUCAUGCGUGGGAUAGUUAUAUCAAGUCUCCUUACCGCUGUGAAAGUACAAUGAUGUUUUUUGGUAAUAAUUAUUUCGUUCAGUAAUUUACCAUUCAGUGAAAUAAUCACUGAUGUCCAAAGGUGUCAUUUGAGAUGCCAUAUAUGAUUUUCUUUUCCCAUGCGAUGUUUCCCUUCUUUAAUAUCCUCCAAUUAGAACAGAUUAUAUUACAUGAUUAUCAAUGAAUAUUACACAAAAAUACAUGGAAUCAAAUAACGUUUUAUUUCCCUCCCAAAUAUGCUUUUUUUCAUUUCCGAAAAACCCAGGUAAUCCUUCAGAACUUCUUUUAUAUGUUUCUAUCUUUAUGACUGAAAUAGGGGCAUCAUACUCGUUCCGUUAAAAUAACUGUAUAUUUAUCCAAUAAAAACUCGAAUUUUUAUAUCUCUAAUUAAGUUGGAGGGCGCUUUGACUAAUCAUCCCAAAACGGCGGUGUUAGCAUUGGACCGUCCUAAUAUCCAGAGUGUAAAAAUAAACUGGACAAGAAACAUUUUUUUUUUGCCUUAAUCCACUCUCAACAAGAAUGCAUUACUGCUUUUAUCAAACGUUUUUAGUAUUCGUAUAUCGAAUAUAAGAGCAAUGUAGAUAAAAGUAUAUUUUAAUAGAAUUUGUUGUAUGCAGACUCAAAUCGUAGACAUUUUCGAAACCUUUUGAUUUUUAAAAGGAUUCUCUGAUUUCUUGUUUAUUUUAAAAAGUUAUUACUGUACUACAGUACAAGAAUUUUACCUGUUGUCAGUAUUUCUUUUGUGAGAAUUAUAUAAUUAUGAAACAUU